AUGUCAGGCUACGGCUACCCUUCCGGAUACCCUUCCGGGUACGUCCCGGGCUACGGUUAUUCCAACCUCUACGACUCCACUCCAUCCCGCUCAGGCAUGUCCGGCUCGCUCCUCAACGAAGGUAUGUAUCCACACACCGCUGGCUACCCCUCUGAGUCCGCUCGCCGUCCCUCUACUGCCUAUGGCCCCACCCGCGACCGCUCGCCUUCAAUGGCCUACGGAACUCUUCCUGAUCGUCGUCCGUCGUACUUCGACAGGGCGCAGCCGAACAGAGAUCCGUAUGGGUACACUCCGCAGCCUGCCGCUCGACUCCCCUCCAUCUACUCCGAACGCUCUUCUGGAGCUCGCUACACCGAUUGCCAGUCUGACGGGAGCUCGGUCCCCUACGGUGGCAGUUACGGAGGAAGCAGCUAUCCAAGCACCCGUCCGACUACCGCCACUGGGUACUCUGGCUACAGCGGAACAGCGGAUCCGGCUUAG